AUAGUCGAUUGUUCUCCUUGUACUAGAGGAAUAAUCGACUGAGAUUGGUCAGUUUUCUUGCGGCCUUACAUUUACGGUUAAAUUCUUCUACGUGCAACGGCCUUAACUAUCUUAAGUUUCUCUUUGCUAAUACAAAAGGAUGGUAAUGCAUCUUUCUGUUAAAAAAAUUCUUUACUGUACAUUUUUUGCAUUAACAUAGGAAGUUCAUCAGAGAAAUAAAAGUUUGAAGGUAUCACGAUGAAUACUAUUUCGACGGAAGAAGAGAAGAUAGUUUUCCAUUUUUUAAAAUCACGAGGCUGUUGUUUGCGAUGUUGUUUACGUUUUAUUGGACAUCGAAUGGCAGACUGUUACAUCAAACCUUUUGAAUUUGCAACACGGAUGGGUUACAUCAAAACAGAAGACAAUUUCUCUUCUGAUGAAAUACCUUGUAUCACAUGUUUAGGAAUUCUUCAAAAUAAAAUACAAGAAAAUGUAAUUACAAAGAUAACAGAUAAAGUAAAGCAAAAAGAUUAUGAUUGCAACACUUUUACUUGUGCAUUAACUGUUCCUGUAUCGAUAAAACUUAGAGAACACAUAUUGUAUGCUUAUAUAUCCAAAGAAACUAAUAUUUGUGAGUCUGUUAUAAGUUUUCUUAAAGCAAAACUACAAAAUAUUAAAGAGACUUGGAAGUUAUUUAUAACACCACAACUUGAACAAACCAUGAAAAAAUAUACAGAUUUGUCAACACCAUCACCUUUACUUAUUGAGAUUUUUUUGGUAUAUGAUGAUGAUGAAAUAAUAUUUGAAGCAUUGAUUCAGAAGCAUAAGAAUGAUAAAAACAAACGAAAGAGAAAAUAUAAUGAUAACAUAUUUAGUAGAAAGAAUAUUGAUACUUUGUUGAAUGAGAUAACAGAUGAGCAACUUUUGCAGCAAUUUACAAUUUCACAGAUUGUACCACAGACAUUUAUUCGUGUAGAUAAUGUUCUGUGUUCUCAUAGCAGUAUUUUUAUAGGAGGACGUUACAACAAACUUUCGAGAGAACUCAGUCAAACUCCGUGGUUUGUAAAUGGUGAGAAAAAAGUGGAAACUUCAGUACAAGACUUAUUGUGCAAUUCUAUUGCAGAAACUGUGAAAGCAGAAUCUAUAAAGUUUUUAUCAUCUGGAAGAGAAGACGUUGACGUCCGAAACAUAUAUAAUGGUCGACCGUUCGCGGUUGAGUUGCUGAAUCCUCGCAUGACAAAUAUCACAGAUGAGCUUUUGAUGUAUCUAGCUAAUAAUAUUAAUCAAUCGACGAAACAGGUUCAAAUAACGUCAGGAUUAAAAGUUCUCUCAAGAUUUGAUUUGCAGAAGCUUAAAGAAGGAGAGCAUGUCAAAACGAAGUUUUAUCGAGCAUUAUGUGUCUGCCGAAGCGCGAGCGAUAAUUUGCCGCAAGUGGAAAGCUUGAAUAAAUUGAAAAAUAUUAAGAUCGUUCAAAAAACACCAAUAAGAGUAUUGCACAGACGACCCUUAACUCCGCGUACUCGUUUUGUUUACAAGAUGCGCGCACGGUGGGCGGAGCCUCAAGAAUUGACGAAAUUGUUACGCACUGCUUCCGAGAGUGCUGACAAAUUUUUCGUUCUCGAUGUUAAAACACAAGCGGGUACAUAUGUUAAAGAAUUUGUACACGGAGAUUACGGCAGGACUAAGCCGAGCCUAUGUGAUUUUCUUAAUGCAGAAGUUGAUAUUGUUGCGUUAGACGUAACAGGUAUUAAUCUGAAUUGGCCAUAAUAUAUGUAUUCAAUAUUUUUAUAUAUUGUUUGU